AUGGUGUAUGUGGUCUUGUAUGGGGGAAUGAAUCGGAUACUUGUGAUGGAUGUGGAAGGCAACACAAGGAAGACCAUCCAUGUUCCCUUACAGGAGGGCGAUGAGUUCAGGCUGUGUUAUGAUUAUGUUGGCCAAUCCCAAGGGCGUUUGCAUUUGAUUUACCAUGCUGACCUUGACCUGGAUUAUGAUGACACCCCAGAAAAUCAGAAUUAUGAACUGGUCAUAUGGGUUCUUGAGGAUUAUGAUACAGAAGAAUGGGUCCUGAAGGACACUCACUAUAAAGAUGAGCUCAUAUCAUAUAACAUGGAUAGCAAGGAAAUUGCUCGCGGUGACAUGGACUGCUCCAAGAGGAGCGUGGGCGCGGUGGCCGGCCUCCCUGACGACACCCUGGUGGAGAUCCUCUCCCGCGUUCCGUUUAAGUCACUCUGCAGAUGCAAGUGCGUCUCCAAGGCCUGGUGCGACCUCAUCACUGACCCCCUCAACCGCAAGAAGCUACCUCAGACCCUAGAAGGGUUCUUCUUAGUUGUUGACCGCUGCGUCGACGACUCCGACAGUGACGAUGGAGAUGGCGAAGACAUCGGUAGUGAUGGAGGCAGCGACAACUCUGACAGUGAUGAUGGAGAUGGCGAAGACAGUGGUAGUGAUGCAGGCGGCAAAAACUCCGACAGUGAUAAUGGAGACGCUGAAGUCAGCGGCAGUGAUGGAGGCGGCGACGAUAGCCACAGUGCCAAUACAGAUGGUGAAGACAAGAGCGGUGACGAUGGAGGUGGCGACGACAAUGACAGUGAUGAUGGAGAUGGUGAAGACAGCAGUAGUGAUGGAGGUGACAAUGACAACUUGCAACACCAAGUCUGUGUGCAUUUCAUCGACAUGUUAGGGAGACCCCCGCGUCCUGUGGGCCAUUGCUUCCCGUUCCUGACUGAGCUGCCAGGCAUUGUGAACAUCUAUAGCUGUGAUGGACGUGGAAGGCAACACAAGGAAGAUCAUCCCUGUGCCCUUUCAGGAGGGCGAUGA